GGAUCGCGCUCAUCAUCUUCGCGUCGCUGUUGGUUGGUCGUGGACGGUUGGUCGAACGGAGCGCGCGCGCGAUAUUCACUCGCGCGGAGUAAAAGCGAAAAAGUAAACUCCUUGCCAGUUUAGUACGCUACCAAUUUUCGUUUAGUAAACACACACCGGCCAGCUGCUAGCUCCGGCUGUCUGUGCCCGAGUCAGUCAGUUUUUUUCCGUUUUCGGUGGUUGGUUUUGGCCGAUUUGAAACACAAUCAGCCGUGAAGAAACAAAUAAGCAUCAGUCGGUCGGUCGGAAUCAGUUGGUCCUGUUGGCUGACCGGAGCUGCAUGUGCAGAUCGUUUGUUCGUCGGAGGUGCAGCACCAGAGUUCAAACAUUAAACAUCUCGCAGUUUGUUGUAAACGUUCCUCCGCGAAAGGUUUCUCUCCCGAGGAUUUCGUAAAUAUUGAACCACUUGGAUGAUAAUAUUUACUAGCCUCGGAUAUUUACUACACAUAGUGAAGUGUGGAGAUUAUCAGAGGCUGGCGGCAUGGUGAGAGCUGUUUGGAAAAUAUUGCUGCUCAAGAAAAUAUUGUGUUUUGUUAAUACAUAAGUAGUUCCUUCCGCUGAUACGGCGACGUGCGCGUGAGUUUUGUGUUUUCAAAAGUUUUACUAACAAGUAAACAUUGUGUAGCUGUAAGAGUGAGAAGUGAAGUCUAUUAUCGUACUGGAAGGAAUAAUAUUUUUGUGCUGAAAAUCAACGGAGGAAUUCGCGGUGUGACGUGAGAUUUUUUCUCUGGUGAUCGAUCGGAAGAAACUACGAGUGGGUGAAAACGCAGCAGAUUGUUUGAGGACGAUCGGUAGGAAAAAUUUCGAAAAUUCUCAUCGGAAGUGAAAUUGACUACAUGUUGGCGACAACGGCCGCCAACAGCGACAUGGCGCCUCCCGACGGGCACAUGCAAUACGACACAAAAUGGUCCACAAUGAAUCUGAUAAACCUACCAAAGAUCAAGCAAGAAUCCUUCAACGGCCUCAGUCACUUAGUGGCACUACCCGCGUACGAUCAAGUGAAAUCGCCAGGACCGCCACAGCUGCCGACCGUCAUCGAGAGGGUACACGAGGAGGCGGACAAUGCGGAUGCGGCCGCCAAUGGAUUGCCGACCACCACGAACAUCAAGACAGAUGAAAUUACAAUCAACGGCAGCACCAUGGUGGGUGAUGACAGGAGUACAAACAACAGUUCAGCGAGUCCCAACAGCGUGAAUCGAAAUUCAAACACCAAGCCACCAUACAGUUACGUUGCACUAAUAGCGAUGGCCAUUCAGAACUCCACGAUGAAGCGGGCAACCCUGAGUGAAAUCUACGGCUACAUUAUGUCCCGCUUUCCGUACUUUGAGAAGAACAAAAAGGGCUGGCAGAACUCGAUCCGGCACAACCUCAGUCUGAACGAGUGCUUCGUGAAAAUCCCCCGCGAAGGUGGAGGCGAACGCAAAGGAAACUACUGGACGCUGGAUCCCCAGUACGAGGAUAUGUUCGAGAACGGAAACUACAAGCGGCGGAGGCGAAUGAAGCGACCCUAUCGGACGGGUCACUACUCCAAGAUGUUCGGCGACUCGUACAUGACGAAUCCGGGCAACUUUGGCCGACCGGUGUUCGCCCAGAGUCCCUACCAGUAUACGCGGUACGAACCGAGCACACCAUGGAUGCAGGCUUCUCAGUUGGGUUCGUAUACACCGUGUCCAACGAGGAGCAACUACUCAUACUCGACGCAGUUGCAACAACCGGUGCAAUCUGUGUCCAUCAACACCUAUGGAACCUUAUCGAACAAUUUGGUUUCAGGAAGUACACCUCCUCCAUGUACCCGAAGAUUCGAAACCUAUUAUUCGCCCUGGGAUACAGCAAUUUUGCCAGUGGUGAAGGAAGAGAUACCCAACCAGAUGAGUGUAACGUCAACCCAGCAGAACUACCAGAAAAACUACCUUCCGCAGCCGUAACAAAGACAAAGGUUGCUGGCAACGCUUCCCCGGUUGCGAACACUGCUGCUACGGCAACCACCGCAACCUUCAGUCAACGACUGGUCACCCCCACCACCAGCAAGGAGGUUGCCUUCGAUGAAGGAUGUUUCGGUUACAGGUAGCCAACUCAGUUCUCCAACUUUCUUCUGUUGUAAAAUUAGAAAUAAACAAUUUGUACCGAAUGAAUUUUGUGAUUUGAGCACUUUAGAAAACUCCACCUGAAAGAUUUCAACGAACCAAAGUUAUACAGCUAGGCGCAAAGGUACAACUGCAUUUAUAAACGUUUUCUAGGAAGAAAGGUGGAUGAAACCUAGACCAAAAUUAACUUUGUACAAAACAUACUUAUGAGAGAUGUUACAUGUCUUAUUGUAAAUACGAUUAGCUAGUGAUUAAGAAAUCAAAGAUUUUUUGGGAUCUCUAGCGUAAGGUCACAGCAAAGAUAUAACAGAACAAGGCUAUAAACCUAAAUUAUUUAUUUAAUAAAGUAAACGUGAAUUAGCAAUAAGUAAUUUUGCACAUAUAGGAAAAUGCACAUACAUACACAAAAAUUUUCACAUCCGUGUUUGGCAGAUUGAUGUAAAUGAUAAAAUUUCCGUCCGAACAUUUGUACCCUGUAAAACUCAUAUUACAAUUGACGUAUACAUAUUAUCGAAUAAAAUCAGUGAAACUCGCA